GUUCAAAAAACAGCUGAUGUGCCAAUGAUUUUGUCUUCUCCUUUUCCUUCUUCUCAGCCUGUUGACACGCGAGACUUCCACCUAGAAGUCUCAUUUGCGUUGAUUUGGCAACGGUCGUUUUCACCAUUUCUGUUUUUAUAUGCACUCAUCGUGAGCGACAUUCGUUGGAAUUAUCCCUCGUUAAUAAUCAUCCAGACAUUGGUUUGCUCGUGAUCGUAGUCAGAUCCUCUAAUUGAAGCCUUUAAUAAUGCUACGAGACCUUGGCCUUGCCUUUGGGGCAACUUUCUUCAUAGCCCAGCUCACGGGUUGCUAUGCCCUGAAUAUCAAUCACAGAGCCGCCGCUGCUUCCUCGGCUGCACCAGCUAUUCAAACAACUGGCUUGCCAACCAAUUGGGAAUACAAAGGAUGCCUCCAAGAUAACAUUGCUUCCACUCAAGAUGCCAAUGAGCUUUUGGCGACAUUCCCGUAUCAAGUCGCCCUGACGAACAACACUCCCGUCGCGUGCAUUGAGCGAUGUCUAGAAUAUGGAUACAAUGCAGCUGGCCUAGAAUAUGGCUCACAGUGCUUUUGUGGAGACGUUGAAAACAUCUACGUAGCAUCGGCACCGAGUACAACCACAGACCCAGAUGAUGUCCAAUACUACACCCGAAGUGCCACACCACAAAUCGUCGCAGAUUCUCAAUGCAACUCGGUCUGCUCCGGUGACAGCGCGUACCUUUGCGGAUCCGGUAAUCUGUUGACCUACUACGCGAGCACCGUUCCGCUCCUGACCUGGGACUUUCCUGCCGGAACAGAUGCCGGGGAGUAUAGUCUGUUGAUAGGUGGAGUGGUUGUACCCCUGAUCACCUCACAAGUCGUGACUGGCAAAGUUACGUUUGUCGAGAAGUACGGGACUGGUGAGCCGAAUGGAACGGGAGUCUAUGAGCUUGAUUUGACGGAGAUUAACAACUUCACUGCUGCUUGGAGGACUAUGAAUGGACUCCAGACUGACGUGUUCUGUGCUGCUGGGCUUACUUUGCCCGACAAGGCUGGAAGGCAGCUUACUGUUGGAGGAUGGGCUGGACAGUCCAACUUUGGUGUGAGGCUCUACACGCCUGAUGGGUCUGCGGGAGUUAAAGGCACGAAUGACUGGGACGAAGAUGCUGGUGUUCUCUCCUUACAAGUACCACGCUGGUACCCUUCCAUCAUGCAGAUGGCGAAUGGUUCUAUAAUGAUAAUUGGAGGAGAAAUUGGUGACAACGAAGCUGAGGAACCUACCCUCGAACUCCUCCCGGCGACUGGAGUGCCAGACUCAAGCACCACUAGUGGAUACUCGAACACCACCGUCUACUUAGAGUUUCUGGACCGCACCCAACCCUUCAAUCUCUACCCCUUCGUCUGUGUCGUUCCUUCUGGAAUCUUCAUCGCCUACUACAAUGAAGCGCGAAUUCUGGACGAAGUUACGUUCGAAACUGUCAAAACGUUGCCGAACAUGCCUGGGGCUGUGAACGACGACACUGGCGGGCGCUCAUAUCAACUGGAGGGUAGCAUGGUGUUGUUGCCGCAGUACGCUCCAUACACGGAGAACUUGGGUGUUUUGAUUUGCGGUGGUUCUACAUCGAACGGUGGAUAUCCUAUUGACAAUUGCAUUUCUACGAGACCGGAAGAUGAGGGUGCGACUUGGACCAUUGAGAGAAUGCCCUCACGCCGUGUGAUGCCGUGCAUGGCUGGUCUUCCCGACGGAACUUAUGUCAUUGUCAACGGUGGUCAACACGGAUAUGCUGGCUUCGGCCUCGCAGGUGUGCCAAACUACAACGCCAUCCUCUACGACCCAUCUAAACCAGCCAACUCUCGCAUGAGCGUUAUGGCAAAUACCACAGUCGCGCGUCUCUACCACUCAGAAGCUAUCGUUCUUCUCGACGGCCGUGUCAUGAUCUCUGGCUCCGAUCCCACAGGUGACUACAACCAACCAUCUGGAGUAUGGCCCGAGGAGUACCGCGUUGAAGUGUUCUCCCCACCAUACUUACUCUCUGGUCUCGCGCGCCCAGAAUACACAAUCGAGAACACAGAUUGGGCGUAUGGAGAGACAGUCACAAUCACCGUGACUUCUGGCACUGCUUCUUCAAUCUCAAUGCUUGGAUCUGUGGUCACGACUCACGGGAAUGCCUUUGGCCAGAGAACAAUCUUCCCUGCCUUCUCGUGUGAUGGUACUACUUGCAAAAUUACGGCACCUCCAAGUGCACAUGUGGCUCCCCCGGGAUGGUUCAUGCUCUUCGUUCUAGACGGUCCGACACCGUCUGUCGGACAAUUUAUUCGCAUUGGUGGUGACCCAGGGAAAAUCGGGGAUUGGCCCGCGAACAUUCCGAACUUCCAACCGCUUCCUGGAGUCUAAGUCAGUUAGAUAGUAUUUCGGUCUGUGUCAGAGAAUCACGCACUGUGAUGGUGAUAAUGCGAGGAUCUUGAAUGUGGACUAAUAG